CUAUAAUUCCGUCUGACAUGGUCACUUGCAGACUAUCCUCAAAAAAUAUUUACACUUGUUUCGUGUUCAUUUUCUGUAGAGAUUAAAAGCUACUACUAUGGACUCAGCUCGGACACGGGGCGAUGGAAUGGAAAAUGAAGUUUUAGCUACACCUGGUGUAGUGCAGCCUCCUAGAAAAAUAUCCAACACUAGUUUAACCGGUGUUAACGAACUUAAGCUGCCAAUCGAUUUUGAUCUGCAACGUUUACUACCUCAUUCUGGAUCCAAUCUUAUAUAUCGUCCAACGGAACUUGUCACGACUGCAAGUGCUUCACUGACACCGACCGUACCGAGAGGAACUAUUUUUGCACUAAUUCCCAAAUUAGUGCCAACCAAUAAAGCUGGUCAUAGCUUGAAAGGAAAGGAGCCCCGUUUUGUUCCGUUUGAACCGUAUAAAGGUGCAGUCAAUCCAAUUAUACCAUAUAAAAAUAACGAAAAUCGAGUUAGAAUUAUCGAUCGCAACAAUCUAGAUUUAAACGUCCUGGUUUCGCAAAUGUCGACAAUCACUAAUAAAGAGCUAAAAGGAAAUUCAACGGCGAAUAAAGAAUCGAACUGUUUCAAGCAAGAAUACGAGAAGCAGAUUGAAGAACUUAGGAAGGAACGCGACUACUAUCAAAGUCAAUUGAAAUUUCAGGCACAGGUUAAUUCAGAGCUCAAAAAUCUGCUUGUGGCUGCUGUCGGGGAAGAUCUCCAGACAAAGGUAAACGUUUUGACUGAGGAUAAAUUACAUUUGGCCAGAAAAUUACUCAAUUCAGCUGAGAAUUUGUCAUCUCACACAGAACAAAUUGAGUUCCUGGCUGGUCAAAGUGAGGUCUGGCGCAGCAAAUUUCUGGCCAGUAGUCUUAUGGUGGAAGAAUUAGCUCGUUGGAAAACUAGUCUGUUGCAAAAGAACGCUCUGCUUCUUUCUUCCAACAAGGAAUUGUUAGAAGUCACCUCCAAACUACGUGAGAUGCAAAUCGAUAUGCUUAAAAAUCUGAAUUUUCUUUCAAACCAAAAAGAAAUUUCGCUCAAAUCAAGCAGCGCUUUGGAUCUGACAGCUGAAUGCCUCAACAUUUCCCAGCAAUUGGUUCUUGGACAUGCAGCGCUUGGUAUGCCAGAACCGCUAGACUUAUCUCAGCUCGAUCCAAUGUGUUCCGCAGAAAAACUGGCCGUUCAGGCUCUACAACAUUCUAAUGAACCUCUAAUGAGUACCGAUGAAGCAUUUCGAGCGAUUGUGGGACAAGCAUUUCCAUCAAUUAAUUUGAUGAAGCAACACAUGGAACAGUCGACGAGUGAUUUUGAACUGGUGGAGAAACCUUCAGAUAACAGCGGAGUCUAGUAGAUCAGACUCUACUGCUAGGUAUCAGAGCAUGAAUUUAGAGAUAAGAUGCUUCUGUAGAUAGUAGUUUGUGCAUUUUAUACAUUGAAAUUAUUGCAGUCUUUGAAAUCAUUGGCAUGUUCAAUAAAUGUGUAAGCAAUAUAACGUAGGCAAAUAUAAGUUUUUAAUCU